CCAAGGGAAUGUCCCCGGUGUGGAGAGCGCCUCUCUGGCCAUGGACACAGAGGAAGGUGUGGAGGUGGUGUGGAACGAAGUUCUCUUCUCUGACAAGAAGGUCUUCAAAGCUCAGGAGGAGAAAAUCAAAGAGAUGUUUGAGAACUUGAUGCAGGUUGAACACCCCAACAUAGUCAAGUUUCACAAGUACUGGCUGGACAUGAAGGAGACCCAGGCUCGGGUUAUUUUCAUCACAGAGUACAUGUCGUCAGGCAGUCUGAAGCAGUUCCUGAAGAAGACAAAGAAAAAUCACAAGACCAUGAAUGUGAAGGCCUGGAAGAGAUGGUGUACCCAGAUUCUGUCRGCGCUCAGUUAUCUGCACUCCUGCGACCCUCCAAUAAUCCACGGCAACCUGACGUGYGACACAAUCUUCAUCCAGCACAACGGCCUCAUCAAGAUUGGCUCAGUGUGGCAUCGGCUAUUUGUUAAUGUGUUCCCAGAUGCCAGUGUUCACAGUAAAGGAAGGCAACACCGAGAUGAGCAGAGRAAUCUUCACUUUUUUGCUCCAGAAUAUGGAGCCGGUGAAGAUGAUUACUCCAUAGACAUUUUCUCCUUUGGCAUCUGCGCUCUGGAGAUGGCAGUGCUGGAAAUCCAGGCCAAUGGAGACACUGCUGUGUCUAAAGAGGCCAUCGUCAACGCAGGUCAAUCUCUGGAAGACCCCCUCAUGAGAGAGUUCACGCAGUCGUGUUUACGUCACGACCCCAAGCUCCGCCCYACAGCUCACGACCUCCUGUUCCACAGAGUCCUAUUCGAAGUCCACUCCCUCAAACUGCUCGCUGCCCACUGCCUCAUCAACAACCAGUACAUGCUUCCAGAAAACUGUGUGGAAGAGAAAACCAAGUCGUUCGACCCUAGCGCCGUCAUGGCUGAGAUUAAACACAAAGACCGACUGGGAGUUCAGCUCAAGUACUCUCAUGUUUCUCCUUUAGAGCUGGACAAGUUUCUGGAGGAUGUCAAAAAUGGGAUUUACCCGCUGAUGAACUUCGCCUCGUCUCGCCCUCACCCUGUCCCUCGAGCCCUGUCCUUGUCUCAGGAGCAGGUUGAGACUGUGAAGUCACCGACUCCUGAACCCCAGGAGACCGAGACCAGAAAGGUUGUUCAGAUGCACUGUAACUUGGAGUCAAAUGAAGAAGGGACCAAAACUCAUCUCUCUUUGUUUCUGAAGAUGGAUGACAAACUUCACAGGCAGCUGAGCUGUGACAUCUUUCCAACGGACUCCCCGAAAGACCUUGCCAGUGAACUUGUUCACUAUGCCUUCAUAAACGAGGAGGACAGUGAGAAGGUGGCGGGGUUCCUGGAGGACGCCAUCAGCCGACAUCGGGUCCAAGCGCUCGCGUCAGGGAGCACGCAGUGAGGAMAGGGUCGUGACGGCGGCGGCGGUGGCGGCUGGCCCAAACUGAAGGGCCUCGAGGGUGGCGGGGGGGCAUUGAUCACACAGGUGGAGAAAAAGAGAGGGCGGGGGGCCAGGAUCACACAGCUGCAAAUGCAAGGAGCAGAAGACCCAGCUGGGGAGACAAAAUGGGACAAACAGACGGAUGUCGACACUUGAAAGUCGGUAUAUUUUCCCAGUUAAACGGAAGGUGAAAGCCAGCGGCGGGAGGGAAACGGAUGGCACCUCUGAUUGGUUUUUCAGAGGCUUCACGGUUGAAUCCAGCGACCCCCACAGAGCAGAGGGAGAUCCACGACAUCCCUUCCUGAAAGGGCUACCACGCCUUAAAAUAUCCUGAAACUUCAGUUUUCCAUAACGCCACUGAUGAGAGAAAACGUUUGACUUACUGGUGUUUGAGAAGGACAUUUUAUUGUUCCAUGCCUCAUUUGCACUCCAGUGCCCACUUUUAAUGAUUCACACUGAAUUGUAAACGAAAGUGAUUUGCUAAAGCUUCUCUCAUUUGCAAGCAUUUCAGCUCAUUACCGUUUUUGGAAUUUAAUAUUCCGUCCUACAUGCAUUGUUAGAACUCAUUCAGUUAUUUAUUUUCUGUUUGUAACUGUGAGCAGUCGAAGCGUUGCACAGCUCUCUUGACUACUUCCGUUAUCUUUUAGUCCAGCAAAGUGAGCCCUCCCCUCCYCUACUUGCACUCCUGGGUUAACGGCUGCAUCUCAGCUCAGCAUGCCACUUUAAAUGCAUCUGAAAUGACGAGCUCUGAGAUGAUGUCUCCCUUUUAGCCUAUAGUUUGCUUUUAAGGGUUUUCCCUGUGACCGUGCUCUGAAAGCCAAAGACUUGCAAAGUGCCUGAUACGGCAAUGUGCUUUGGAGAAAAGUCCUCACGAAACGCCACAGCRUGGAAAUUAAACAUUAGGCUCAAAUUUAACUGGACAAUCUGCUSUGAACUUUCAAAUUUGCUCACAUAUUUUAAUCCUGAGUGCAGAAAAGUGGCCUGUGUGAACGUGAAAAGGAUCUUUACUCCACUUCCUUCUAGUCGAUGUAGGAAUGUCGGACGUCGAAGAAAAYGUAGAAAACGUCAGCGUUUGAGUCCAGCAUAAUGACAAAAAGAGUGUCWAAGAAAGGAGAUUUAACAUUUAAAAAUAGAAAAUUGCCAAGUUGUUSAUAAAUUUUGCAAAUAUUUUAAUACGUCUAAUUUGUAAAUACUAUAUCUGUGGAUACUUGAAAGGCAAAUCUACCCAAAUCUUUAAAAAUGGUCAAAUUCAGUUUUCUGCUUUAACUAGUAUUUUACAAUAAACAAUGUUAGUAGAUAUUUUCAUUGGGACAGCACAAGUAAAGUCCUUUAAUAGCAGAUUUAAAAACUUUCGUUUUAAGCAGGUUUUCCUAACUGUUGUGCUUUUAUUCUGAAUAAUGUGAAAUUUGGAAGUGAUUGCACUGCAGACGCAACAAAAUAUUCAUUUACACUACAUGUUCUGCCUAAAAACUCUAAAAAUUUGGGUGGAUUUUUGCCUUGACAAAAAAACAACACUUAAAAAAAAGAAACAUGAAGUUUUUGACCCAUCUUUAGCAAGUGACAUGUCUUCAUGUUUUCGUUAGGCUAACUGAGCUCCRUUUGUUUUCUGGAUGUGUAAGGCUGCAGUUUCUUACCAGUAAUGCUGCUGUACAGUCAUUGCUUUAAGUACUGGAUUAUACUCUUCUUCAAGUCUGCUCGUCAGUGUGUCUGUACAGACGGGGAUGCUCUCAGACAGCAGGAUUGUGGUGUAUAUAUUUAUUAAACUGGUUUACUUUAAUACAAUACAAUGCAGCACCGCUGCAGCUCUGUGCUCUAAUAAACUGCAUGUCUUAAUAAUAACCUGCAACCAUUCAGAACUUUGCAUUUUGCUUUUUUUUUUCUUCUCUCCAUCACAGCUGAGCUCCGGACAGGAACUGACAAACAAAAUGAAUGUUUUAGGCUGUACAUGCAUAUCAGUCUUUUUAUUUUUGAUGACUUUUUUCCCGUCCUUGUGAAUCUGUUGAAUGACAUUUGCUUUUGGAUGUUAAACCUUUGUUAAAUAUUGUAGCAUCUGUGAUUAAAAAACAAAAAAUAAACAAGAUUUGACAUGUUGA